AUGGGCGAAACUCCAGGAGUCUCAGAGGCAGACCUCAAGGCCAAAAUAAUCGAUCAACUUCAAGCAAUCCAUGUCGAAAUUGAAGACAUGUCAGGUGGAUGCGGCCAAGCAUUUUCUGCUGUGAUAGUCUCGCCUCAAUUCGAGAAGAAGACGACCUUGGCGAGACAUCGAUUGGUUAAUACGGCGCUGAAGGCCGAGAUUGCUGCUAUUCAUGCUUGGACACCGAAGUGCUUUACGCCAGAGCAGUGGGAGAAGCAGAAGGCUGAAGGGAAGGUAGCUGUUGCACCUGGGAAGGAUACCACGGGAGAGGUUGUUACUGGGACUACGGCUUGA